AUGGCGAGAAAAGGUCUCCCGGCGGACAUGAUAGCGGCCACGCUCUGCCGUCUGCCGGCGAAAUCACUGCUCCGCCUCCGCUGCCUCUCCAAGUCAUGGUGCUCCGAAAUAGACAGUCCCUCUUUCGCCCAACUCCACCUCCAAAACUCCACGGCAACCGCCUCCAACCUCAGCCUCGUCCUCCGACACUCUUUUCUCUCCUCCGUGGACCUCGAACGCCUCGACGCCGCCGUCGUGAAGCUGGACCACCCGCUCGAAGCUCACACGUUCGGAACCGAGAUCCUCGGCUGCUGCAACGGACUGCUCGCGCUCCGCAAUUCGGACGAGGAAAUCGCAUUCUGGAACCCUACCACUCGCGAGCACCGGAUGCUCCCCAAGGCGGAGAUCGAGCCUCCUCCGGGGGAUUCCAGGUGCGCGUUCGUCGUCUAUGGCUUCGGGUACGACUCUGUUCACGACGACUACAAGUUAGUCAGGCUGGCUCAGUUUUACCGAGAUGGUGUUUCCUCUUCGGAGGCGAAGGUUUACAGCUUUAGGGCAAAUGCAUGGAGGGGAAUUGGGGAUUUUCCUUAUUACCUUAGAUACCAGAGGUGCCAUGGAGUUCUCGUAAACAAUGCUCUGCAUUGGGUGGUUGGCAGAGAUGAAUCUAGAGGUGGGAGGUUGAUAGUUGCACUGGAUUUGGGAACUCAGGAAUAUCGACUGGUUGAGCAGCCCGAUUAUGGGGAGAGGAAAUUUCACUUGAAUGUGAAGGAGCUGGGAGGCUGCCUCGUUAUCGUGGCGAAUUACCAUCCGGAGUGGGUUGAUCUGUGGGUCAUGAAGGAAUACGGGGUGAAAGAGUCGUGGACUGAACUUGUGACGUUGAGACAGCCAGCUAAACCGUAUACUUUCGAGUUCGUGCUCCCUGUUGCGUAUGUGGGUGAUGGCUCCAAGGUUUUGCUUGUUCAGGAUAAUAACAAGUUGAUUUGCUAUGAUUUGGGAAGUGAGGAGGUUGAUGAGGUCAGAGUUGAAGGUCUGUCGAAGUAUUUUGAAGUGACAUUGCUGGCGGGUAGCCUCGUGAAGCUUAACAGCGGCUGUGAGGGUGUGGCAAAUGCAGUAAACUUGAUCGGAGCCGGUGCUGAUGAGAAUCAGAGCUAG